AUGCUUACUUCCCAGCUUGUUGUUUUGGCCUGCAUUUGGGCUCAACUGGCGGGCGCGGUGACUAUAUACAAUGUUAAAACGACGAAGGCCAUUGCUACGUCUGAUGCAUACGCUGCCGUCGCGACGCUUGCUGCGUACGACCAGACUGUGCUUACAUCCCCGUCUCCUCCGAGUCCAGCAAUCACAAACAACUUUCUAGUACAACUCUAUCCUGGCUCCAUGAGUGGGUUAUCCAUCAAACAGUCUGGGGCUUUCAUGGGAUUCUCGAUCGAACUGUCCGUAGUUCAAACAACCUUGGGAAAAAACUCCACCCACCUAUUGGUCCCGUUCCUAAACUACAUGGCUAACGUACGGGCCCGAGGAGGCUCUGUUUCCAUUCGCGUGGGAGGAAACUCCCAAGAUCAAUCCUACUUGGUUUCUUCUGACAGCAUACCUAACAACGGUGUCAUAUCCAAGCAGAAGCAGGCGGGCGCUACGACUCCAACCGAAACACCUGACGUAGUUUUCUCUUCCGAUCUGCUAACCAUGAUGAAAAACAUCGGAGAUUUGGUCAAUGCCAACUUCUACUUUGGUUUGAACUUUUUCAAUCCAGAUAACGAGACGAAUGCUGUUCUUGUUGCCCAGACAGCUGAGAAAAUACUCGGUGAUAGGUUACUUGGGUUUCAGCUCGGGAACGAGCCUGACUUGUACGGAUCCCAUGGCCGCCGUAAUUCGUCGUAUUCUAUGGAGAACUACAUGAACGAUUAUCAGACUAUGAUUAACGACCUCAAUGGAGCAUCACUAUCCAACAAUCAGAUUCUCAUCGGCCCAAGUACAUGUUGUAAUUGGAACGAGACCGAUAUAUUUAAUUUGGGUUAUUUAACUAAUUAUGCGGCCAACCUCAAGAUGGUUGCAGUUCAAAAAUAUCCCAAUGAUAAUUGCAAGAUCAAUGGUAAUGUCCACGAUCCACAGGAAACAUUCGCCAGUUAUAUCGGACAUGGAAGCGUAACUGGCCUCGCCGCACAAUAUGUUACUAGCUCUCAAAUGGUUCAAGCUGCUGGAAAGCCGUUUGUGCUCAUGGAGACAAAUACGGCAUCCUGCGGAGGGUUCCCAGGUAUUAGCGACAGUUUUGCUGCUACUAUGUGGGCCGCGGAUCUUGGAUUUCAAUUCGCGUUCAUCAAUUUUUCCCAAGUCCUAUUACACGUCGGUGGUCAAGACACAUAUUACAACCCUUUUACACCUCCUCCUACGAACCUUUCCACCAGUUUCGGGUGGACUACGGGUGCAGUAUAUUACUCAGCCCUCCUAAUUGCCGAAGCGUUUGGGCAAUCAGGCAACGCACAAAUCGUGGAUCUAUACUCAAACGGCAAUAACGACCUUACGCCCGGAUAUGCCAUCUAUGAAAACGGAAACCCCGUCCGCGUUGCACUAUUCAAUUACAUCGAUGAUGCAUCUGGUGCCAACGACUACACUGCCAACAUCGCUAUCGGUGGGCAACAGACAGGACAGUCAAGCACAACGCCUUCGUCUGUUCAAGUCAGGUAUAUGCGUGCUCCCAGCCUCGGUUCACACAAUGUGACUUGGGCAGGUCAAGCUCUGGGAGGGGAAUUGGGAUCUGACGGUCGGUUGGAAGGUACCCAAGAGACCGUUACUAUUCAGUGCGAUACAACUGCACAAACAUGUGCCAUUCCUGUCAAGGCACCUUCGAUCGCUCUGGUCUUCCUCACAAGUGACGCCCUGACAGAGUCUUCCCCAGAUGCUACCGUAACUCAGUCAUUCCCGACAACUGCUGUUACUAACAGGCCUAACAAAAUUACCGUUUCCGUAGACCCGUCAGUGCUUGCCAACUCCAACGGCCGUGGUGCUGCUGAACAUGACUUACUUGGAUCUACGAGCGAAGGAAGUGUAAAUUCAGCCCCCGCGCAAAUGCAAGCCGGAGCUGCCGCUAUAUCGGCUACCUUCGUAGCAUUAAGUGCUGCACUUUUCUUAUUCUCUACUGGGGGUUUCAUUAGAUAA